AUGGAGAAUAAAAAGGGCAAGCUUUCAGCUCUCUUUCUAACGAAGAAGCGUAUAGCUGGUCCUCUUGAGAAAAAGAGUCCGCAUUUGCGACAGCCGGGAGGCUCUGAGACUGAAAUUCUCUCACUUUCCACACCAAACUUUUCUCAUCUCAAGAUAUUCAAGCUUAGGGAAGUGACAGCAUCCCCAUUCGACCUUACUCCCCCACCGAAUACCAACAUCUCCGUCCCUCAACACCUGUAUCUUACCCUCUCCGACUAUGAUCGGGCUACAGAAGGCUCGCCUCAAAAUGAGGCCAUGAUUAGAUCUCGAAUCGACGCAAUCAUGCUCACAACUUUAGCCCAAGUGAAGCGCGACUCCACCAACCCAAGAAGUUCGGUUGGUUCCUCUUCCUCGGUAUCUUCGAUCAACACGGUGAGAUCCCUUCAUCUCCAAUACGAGUUCUCAAUGAAAAUUGAAUGGACUAUGGAUAGGGAGCUCGUUCUCAUCGAGGGGAUUGAGAGUUGUUGUCUUGAUGCACCUAAGGAGUAA